AUGUGUUUUAACCCCAUCCCACCUCCACAACACAAACCCAUCCCACCUCCACAACACAAACCCAUCCUACCUCCACAACACAAACCCAUCCCACCUCCACAACACAAACCCCAUCCCACCUCCAUAACACAAACCCAUCCCACCUCCACAACACAAACCCAUCCUACCUCCACAACACAAACCCAUCCCACCUCCACAACAACAAACCCAUCCCACCUCCACAACACAAACCCAUCCUACCUCCACAACACAAACCCCAUCCCACCUCCACAACACAAACCCCAUCCCACCUCCAUAACACAAACCCAUCCCACCUCCACAACACAAACCCCAUCCCACCUCCACAACACAAACCCAUCCCACUUCCACAACACAAACCCAUCCCACCUCCACAACACAAACCCAUCCCACCUCCACAACACAAACCCAUCCUACCUCCACAACACAAACCCAUCCCACCUCCACAACACAAACCCAUCCCACCUCCACAACACAAACCCAUCCCUCCUCCACAACACAAACCCAUCCCACCUCCACAACACAAACCCAUCCCACCUCCACAACACAAACCCAUCCCACCUCCACAACACAAACCCAUCCCACCUCCACAACACAAACCUAUCCCACCUCCACAACACAAACCCAUCCCACCUCCACAACAUAAACCCAUCCCACCUCCACAACACAAACCCAUCCCACCUCCACAACACAAACUCCAUCCCAACUCCACAACACAAACCCAUCCCACCUCCACAACACAAACCCAUCCCACCUCCACAACACAAACCCAUCCCACCUCCACAACACAAACCCAUCCCACCUCCACAACACAAACCCAUCCCACCUCCACAACACAAACCCUAUCCCACCUCCACAACACAAACCCAUCCCACCUCCACAACACAAACUCAUCCCACCUCCACAACACAAACCCAUCCCACCUCCACAACACAAACCCAUCCCACCUCCACAACACAAACCCCAUCCCACCUCCACAACACAAACCCAUCCCACCUCCACAACACAAACUCAUCCCACCUCCACAACACAAACCCAUCCCACCUCUACAACACAAACCCAUCCCACCUCCACAACACAAACCCAUCCCACCUCCACAACACAAACCCAUCCCACCUCCAUAACACAAACCCAUCCCACCUCCACAACACAAACCCAUCCCACCUCCACAACACAAACCCCAUCCCACCUCCACAACACAAACCCAUCCCACCUCCACAACACAAACCCAUCCCACCUCCACAACACAAACCCAUCCCACCUCCACAACACAAACCCAUCCCACCUCCACAACACAAACCCAUCCCACCUCUACAACACAAACCCAUCCCACCUCCAUAA